AUGCCUCCUAGUACCAUAACAAAUCGUACAUGUAUCAGUCAUCCCGAUCAAAAUCCUUUGCUAACGGCAAACCCUCAUGAACUGGUUCCCACGCUGGAAUCAUAUGCCGCCGCGAAUCCUGUAAACCCAAAGCCACCCAAUUCUCUCAUGCACACUCACAUUCCUUACAACUCUUUACCAGAAUCAACAAAAUCUUCAGGCUGCCAUAUUGUUUAUGUUUAUCGAGACCCGAAGGAUGUGUUAGUGUCAUGGUGGCACUUUGUCAACAAGCUGAAACCCGAAGCAGAGCCACGAAUUUCAUUAGCAGAGGCAUUUGAAAAGUUCUCUAAAGGUGCUUUACCAUUUGGAUCAUACUGGAAUCAUGUGUUGGGUUAUUGGAAAGCAAGUAUAGAAUGGCCUGAAAGAGUAUUCUUUCUUAGAUAUGAAGACUUGAAGAAAGAGCCUUGCUUCCAUACAAAGAGAUUAGCAGAAUUCUUGGGGCAGCCUUUCACCACAGACAAAGAAGGUGAAAGCCUGGUGAGUAAAGUGGUAGAGUUCUGUAGUUUUAAGAAUCUGAGCAAUCUGGAUGUGAAUAAAACAGGAUCACACUCGGUGGUCGGGUUUCGGGUCAUAGAAAACAAGAUCUAUUUCAGGGAAGGUCAGGUUGGUGAUUCCCAAAACUAUCUUGAAAGAGAAAUGAUGGAUCAUUUGGAUCAAGUUACUGAAGAAAGUUUUAAGAAAUUUCAUUUGAAGGCGUUUUCCUCUGAGGAUGAUGAGAAGUCAGAGGUGUCUACUGCCAUGUGAUU